AAUCUUCUCGCCUACAGUACAGCGAGAACAGGCAUACUUAGGACAUAUUUCAUAAAAUCCUUAAAUAGCUAUUCACUGAUUGUCGCAGCCAGUGACCGUUGGUUAAAUUCUUGAAAUUAUAGACUGCACUCAGUCCCAGAGGCGGAAUAAUGAGCAGCUCAAUCGAAGAAGACGUUGGCAUAUCAUGCUACAUAACAUCGACACCGCCCCUGAGUGCAAUCCUUAAGCAAAGGUACAGUGACUUCCUCGUGAACGAAAUCGACUGCAAUGGUAAUGUCGUCCAGCUCAACUCGACAGCAGUCAGCACCUCGGAGAGGGCGCCAAGCCCUGCCGCUCCAGCACCAGCCUGCAGUGAGACAGGGAACAUUGAGCCCAACACAGCUCCUGAAGCAGCUGUUGUACCCCCAGAGGCACCUCCACACGCUUCAGCAGACAUCGCUGCACUUCUUGGAUAUGCACAGCUCCUGUCAGGGCUGGACAAGCUGCUGCCGUCCGAAGGCGUCGCAGCAGUGCAGCAGUUUCUCACAGCAGUAGAGGCCUAUGAGCGGUCAUGGGCGGAGGCUGAUGCUCCAAGCGAUGCUGAUGCUCCUGUAGAGAAGCCCAGCAGCGCAGAGAGAGUGAAGCCGCCGCUGCCCAUCACUUUUGCAGUCAGCAGCAACAAGGACGAGCGCACAGCAGUACACCACUUUUUCAAGCAGCCUGGGCUGCCAAAAUGCUCCACAGAGACCAUGCCUGCCGGCGAGGAUGGAGAGAACUGCAUGCGGCUCUGCUAUCAUGCACAGAGAAGGAAGCGGAAACGGGAGGCGGCCAACGGCGUCGGCGGCGCCAAGGCUGCAAAAUCAGGAGGGAACAACGAACAAGUGUUUCUGCCUGGAGGCCCCAAGUACUGCCGUUUCGCAUUGUGCAAGGAGAACAUGGACAGCGGCCAUGCACUGUCGUUGCUGGCUCGCGCAGUGCACUGCUCACCCUCCUGCUUCGGCGUAGCCGGUACCAAGGACAAGCGUGCAGUCACCGUGCAGCAAGUUACCGCUUUCAAGGUGGCGCCGUCGAGGCUGGCGAGUUCAAAUGGGCGGCUACGGGGAAUGCGCGUCGGAGACUUCGAACUCGUGGAUGAACCCCUGCACCUCGGGGAUGCGAAGGGCAACCGCUUCGAGGUGACUUUGAGGGACGUGGGCGCGGGCAGCCUUCACGAUGUGGUUGCGGCGGUGGAAGCGGUGCGGGAAGACGGGUUCAUCAAUUACUUCGGCCUCCAACGCUUUGGCAGCACCGGCGGCCGCACGCACAGGAUUGGAGCCCUGCUGCUGAAGGGCGAGUGGAAGGCUGCGGUGGACAUGAUACUGGGGCGGAUAGAGGGUGAGCGCUCAGAUAAUGACGAAGCGCGGCGGCUGUACCUGGAAGAGGGUGAUGUCAGCGGCGCACUCAAGCUGAUGCAGCGCCACCUCACCGCUGAGCGCGCGCUGCUCGAGGGGCUGAGGAAGCAGAAGGGCGCCAACUUCUGCCAGGCGCUGCAGCAGAUCCCCCGCAACACGCGCACCAUGUACGUGCAUGCCUACCAAAGCAGACUUUGGAACGAAGCCGCCAGCCACCGAGUGCGCACGUUCGGCGCCAAAGAGGCCGUUGCAGGGGAUUUGGUUCUGCCGCGGGACGCUGCCGAGGCUGCCCCAGAGGAGGAAGCCGAGGCUGCUGACGAGCAGCUGGCGCAGCAGCCGGAGCGGGGGCGGCUGCCGGCAGAGGCGCAUGUUGUGACCGAGGAGGAAGCUGCCUCUGCGCGCUACAGCAUUGACGAUGUUGUGCUACCCCUCCCUGGGUGCAGGGUGCAGUACCCACGCCAUGCCACCGCUCAGGUCUAUAGGGACCUUGCAGCAAAGGACGGCAUUCCGCUCGACAGCGCGCCACACGGGGUGCGGGAUUUUUCGAUGACGGCGCUUCCCGGCGGCUACCGGCGGCUGCUGCACCGGCCGCGCGACCUAAACUGGCGCCUCCUUCGGUACAGCGAUCCCGACGCGCCCCUCGCUUUAUCAACUCUAGACCGUCUCACCGGCGUCGCUCCCCCGGCCGUCAAUGCAAUAGAAUCAGGUGAGGAGGUUGGCGCAGGGGAGAAGAUUGCACUGCAGCUGGCAUUCAGUCUUCCCAGCUCCACAUAUGCAACCAUGCUUGUGCGUGAACUGACCAAGACUUCCACAGCGACUGCAUUUCACAAGUCGCUCUCGCAGCUUGCAAAGUGA